CGUGGGGCUCGGCAGCUGGAGUCCAUCAGCGUGCGCCUCGCUGCUACUUCCUGACAAGACUGCACCGCGACUCGCGCAAACAUGGACACGCUGACAGCCUGGGUGGCGACGGAUCCGGCCUUGGUUCGGAUCCUGUGGAUUCUGGCACUGGUCCUGGCCACGCUCCUGGUGUGGUUCUUCUCCUUCUGCUGUUACACGUGGAACCGUGACUCCUCCUCGGCUUCCAUGGAGCGCUACCUGGAGGUGAUGGUGAAGCCGCCCGGAUCCAAAGGUCUUCUUCAGAGGAGGAAAAAGCCCAAAGAGAAGCAAGCUGAGCCCAUCCAAGUGAAGGCAAAAGUGGUCAAGGAGCAGAACGCAAACAUGGUCCCAGAUGCAAAGGAGAUGAAGAAGCGUCAAGAGGAGGGGGUCAAGAAGUCAAAGGGGAUGAAGGUGGAGCAGGAGGCGGUCCAGAAGUUGAACGUAAAAGAGAAGGUACUGAUAGUGGUCCAGGAAACCAAAGUAAAGACAGAGAAGAUCAUCAAGAAACCAAAAGCGGUCAAGGAGAAGAAAGAGGUGCUCCAGGAGGCCCAGGUUAUGACUAAGGAGGUGAAGCCACUCCAGGAGGAGGUGAAGAAACCAAAGGCAGCCAAGAAGUCCAUCCAAGAGGUGAAGGAGAUUACGGAGAAGGAGGGCAAGAGAGGGAAAAAAGUAGUCCAAGAGGUCGUGAAGGAGAAAGAGGUCAAGCAGUCCGAGAUCCAGGAGGAAAAGCCCAACAAGAAGGGAAAGGAGCUGAAGGUUGUCCAGGAAGCAAAGGAGGUGAAGAAGCCCAAGAUGGUCAAGGAGAAAGCAAAAGUAGUCCAGCAGGAAAAGGUGACAUUGACGGCGGUCCAGGAGGAGGUGAAGAAGGCAAAACCAGUUAAGAAGGAAAAGGUGAAGGUAGUCCAGCAGGCAUUGACGGUAGUCCAAGAGGAGACAAAGAAGGCAAAACCAGUUAAGAAGGAAAAGGUGAAGGUAGUCCAGCAGGCAUUGACGGUAGUCCAAGAGGAGACAAAGAAGGCAAAACCAGUUAAGAAGGAAAAGGUGAAGGUAGUCCAGCAGGCACAAGAGACAUUGACAGUAGUCCAAGAGGAGGUGAAGAAGGCAAAACCAGUCAAGGUCAGCCAGGAGGUGGUGAAGGAGGAGGUGAAGGUGAUCCAGGAAGUGAAGAAGCCAAAGAUAAUCAAGAAGACGGAGCUGAAAGUAAUCCAGGAAGUGGUAGAGGUGCCACCAAAGGAAACGGAGGCAUCUUCCCUGGAGGACUCACCACCAUCUGGGAAGAAGAGGAGGAAGAGAAGGAGAAAAAGCAAGGCCAUCGAGGAGGUGCAGGACCAGCCCAUGAGGAGGCCUCUGGUCCGGGCGGCGUCGGAGGAGAGCACCGCCGACACGUACCCGCUGGGGGGCUCGCCAUCACCGGGCGACACACUACCCUGGAACCUGCCCAAGCAUCACCGCAUCAAGCGCUCCAAGUCGGCCUCGGGUGACGUGAUGGACCCGGCCGAGCGUGCCAUCUUCCGGAUCGCAGACGAGCGAGACCGAGUUCAGAAGAAGACCUUCACCAAAUGGGUCAACAAACAUCUAGUGAAGCACUGGAAGGCUGAGGCCCAGCGUCACGUCAGCGACCUAUACGAGGACCUGCGCGAUGGCCACAACCUCAUCUCCCUGCUGGAGGUUCUCUCCGGAGAGACUCUGCCAAGGGAGAAGGGCCGCAUGCGCUUCCACAAGCUCCAGAACGUCCAGAUCGCGCUGGACUUUCUCAAGCGCAGACAGGUCAAAUUGGUCAACAUCAGGAACGACGACAUUGCCGACGGAAACCCCAAGCUGACCCUGGGCCUCAUCUGGACCAUCAUCCUGCACUUCCAGAUCUCGGACAUCCAAGUAAAUGGCCAGUCGGACGAUAUGACGGCCAAGGAGCGUCUGUUGCUGUGGUCCCAGCGGAUGGUGGAGGGCUACCCGGGUCUCCGCUGCGACAACUUCACCAGCAACUGGCGCGACGGCAGACUCUUCAACGCCAUCAUUCACAAACACAGGCCCAACCUGAUCGACAUGGGGAAAGUUGGGCGACAGAACAACCAGCAGAACCUGGAGCAGGCCUUCAACGUGGCUGAGCGCGAGCUAGGCGUCACCAGACUGCUGGACCCCGAGGAUGUGGACGUGCCGCAUCCCGACGAGAAAUCCAUCAUCACAUACGUGUCGUCGCUGUACGAUGCCAUGCCCAGGGUGCCCGACGUGCAGGACGGCGUCAAGGCUAACGAACUGGAACUGCGCUGGCAGGAGUACAACGAGCUGGUCACCAUGCUGCUGCAGUGGAUGCGACACCACAUCCUGGUCUUUGAGGAGCGCAAGUUCCCCACCAGCUACGAGGAGAUCGAGGUUCUCUGGCGUCAGUUUCUCAAGUUCAAGGAGACUGAGCUCCCCGCCAAGGAGUCUGACAAGAAUCGCUCCAAACACAUCUUCAAGUCCCUUGAGGGCGCAGUGCAGGGGGGCCACGUCAAGGUGCCGCCGGGCUACCACCCACUGGACGUGGAGAAGGAAUGGGGUCGCCUGCACGUGGCCAUCCUGGAGCGGGAGCGUCUGCUGAGGACCGAGUUUGAGAGGCUGGAGCGUCUGCAAAGGAUCGUCGGCAAGGUGCAGAUGGAGUCGGGCGUGUGCGAGGAGCAGCUCAACCAGGUGGAGGCGCUCUUGCAAACGGACGUGCGACUGUUGAAUUCAGGCAAACCCGCCCAGCACACGGCCGAGGUGGAGGCGGAUCUGGAAAAAGGCGAGGGCAUGAUUCGCUUCCUCUUCAACGACGUGCAGACGCUUAAAGACGGGCGUCACCUUCAGGCCGAACAGAUGUAUCGCAGGGUUUACCGCUUGCACGAGCGUCUAGUGAACCUGCGCAGUGAGUACAACCUGCGCCUCAAGUCAGGCGUGACCUUGUCGCAGGUGGCGCCGGUGCAGGUGCCCAUGACGCAGGUCCACACCUCGCAAGUCCUCCAGCAGGCUCCCGUCAGGCUCCGCCCCGAGCUGGACGAGGUGACGUUGCGCUACGUACAAGACUUGCUAGGCUGGGUGGAGGAGAACCAGCGGCGCGUGGACCAAGGCGAGUGGGGCGCUGACCUGCCCGCCGUCGAGUCGCACCUCGGUAGCCACCGCGGCCUGCAUCUCUCCGUGGAAGAGUUCCGCGCCAAGGUGGAGCGGGCCAAAGCCGAUGAGAGUCAGGUCUCACCCGUGAGCAAGUCGGCCUACAGAGACUACCUGAGCAAACUGGACCAGCAGUACGGGAAGCUCCUGAACUCGUCCAAGUCUCGCCUGCGCCACCUGGAUCAGCUGCACAACUUUGUCACGGCCGCCACCAAAGAGUUGAUGUGGCUCAACGAGAAGGAGGAGGAGGAGGUCAACUAUGACUGGAGCGAGCGCAACACCAACAUGGCGGCCAAGAAGGACAACUACUCGGGUCUGAUGCGAGAGCUGGAGCUGCGAGAGAAAAAAAUGGGCACCGUGCAGGUGACGGGAGACAAGCUGCUGAAAGACGGACACCCCGGCAAGAAGACCAUCGAGGCCUUCACCGCCGCCCUGCAGACUCAGUGGAGCUGGAUCCUCCAGCUGUGCUGCUGCAUCGAAAGCCACCUGAAGGAGAACACUGCCUACUUCCAGUUCUUCACCGAUGUGAAAGAGGCUGAGGACAAGUUGAAGAAGAUGCAGGACACCAUGAAGAGGAAGUACACGUGCGACCGCUCAGUCACCGUCACCAGGCUGGAGGACCUUCUGCAGGACGCUGCCGAUGAGAAAGAGCAGCUGGCAGACUUCCAAACUCACCUGGAAGGUCUGAAGCGGCGAGCCAAGAAUGUGGUGCAGCUGAAACCGCGCAACCCCGCCACCGCCAUCAAAAGCAAGCUGCCCAUCCAGGCGGUUUGCGACUUCAAGCAAAUGGAGAUCACGGUCCACCGCGGAGACGAGUGCGCCCUCCUCAACAACUCACAGCCGUACAAGUGGCGAGUGCUGAACCGCCAAGGCAACGAAGCAACGGUGCCGUCAAUCUGCUUCCUGGUGCCGCCCACCAACAAGGACGCCAUCAACAGUGUCGCCGGAUUGGAUGGGAACCUGCAGAAGCUCCAGACAAUGUGGCAGGGCUUGUUUGUGGACCUGAGGACUCUGCUGUCUUGGCAGUACCUCACGCGAGACAUCCAUAUCAUCAAGACCUGGAACAUCUCCAUGUUCAAGACGCUGACGGUGGAGGAGUACCGGCUGGCCCUGAGAAACCUGGAGCUGCACUACCAAGACUUCCUGAGAGACAGCCAGGACUCGCAGGCUUUCGGGGCCGAGGACCGCAUGCAGGUGGAGUCCAGCUACAAUAAAGCUAACCAGCACUACAACACGCUGGUCACCACCGCCGAACAAGGCUACGUGCCACCCAAGACAGGAGAGCAGGACGAGUCUGUGUGCAGGAUUUACCUGAACAAACUCAAGGACCUCCGCCUGAGGCUGGAGGGCUGCGAGAACCGAACGGUGACGCGACUUCGCCAGCUCGCCGAGAAAGAACCGCUCAAAGCCUGCGCCGUGAAGACCACUGAGCAGAUGAAAGUCCAAACCGAGCUGGAAGGCUUGAAGAAAGAACUGAACUCCAUCACUGAGAAGACGGAGGAGGUUCUUGCUUCGUCUCAAGCGUCCGGCCCCUUGUUGCGCUCCGAACUGGACAGCACGCAAAAGAAGAUGGACCACGUCUACAGCCUGUCGGCUAUCUAUCUGGACAAGCUGAAGGCCAUCGACGUGGUGAUCAGGAACACCAACGAUGCCGAGGAGACGCUGAAAAGCUACGAGACUCGAUUGCUGGCCGUCCACAGAGUCCCGACGGAGGAGAAGGAGGCGGACAAGCAGCAGAGCCAGAUCAAGAAAAUGCAAACGGAAUCUGAAGCAGACCAGGCUGUGUUCGACCGUAUGGCGGACGAGCUCAAGCGGGCGUCAAGCGUCCACGAUAAGAUGACGCGCGUCCAUAGCGAGCGAGACGCCGAGCUGGAACGCUACCGCCAACUAGUGGCCGGCCUGCAGGAGCGCUGGCAGUCUGUGCUGGCUCAGCUGGAGAUCCGAAAACAGGAGCUGGAGCUGCUCCGGCGCCGCAUGAGCUCCUACCGCGACAGCUACGAGUGGCUCAUGCGAUGGCUGGCGGAUGCUAGGCGUCGCCAGGAGCAAGUCCAGACGCUGCCCGUCGGCGACGGAGCGGCGCUGAAGGAGCAACUCGCCGAGGAGAAGAAACUCCUGGACGAGAUCGAGAAGAACAAGGACAAGAUCGACAAGUGUCAGACAAAUGCCAAAGACUACAUUGACUCCGUCAAGGAUUACGAGCUUCAGCUCCUGACCUACAAAGCCCUGCAGGACCCCCCUGCCUCGCCGCUGAAGAAGCCCAAAAUGGAGUGCGCCUCCGAUGACAUCAUCCAAGAGUACGUGACGCUGCGAACCCGCUACAGCGAGCUCAUGACGCUCGUCACCCAGUACAUCAAGUUCAUCACGGACGCACGGCGCCGCCUAGAGGAUGACGAGAAAACAUCCGAGAAGCUGAAAGAAGCCGAGCGGAAGAGGCUGGCCGAGAUCCAAGCUGAGUUGGACAAACAGAAGCAGCUGGCUGAAGCUCACGCUCAGUCGGUGGCCAAGGCCGAGCGAGAGGCCGAGGCUCUCAAGCUGAAGAUGAAAGAGGAGGCUGGAAAGCGACAAGAUGUCGCCGUGGACGCCGAGAAGCAGAAGCAAAACAUCCAGCAGGAGCUGCAACAGCUUAAGAGUCUGUCGGAGCAGGAGAUCAAGACCAAGAACCUUCAGUUAGAAGAUGCUCUGAUAAGCCGGACGAGGAUUGAGGAGGAGAUACGCAUCAUCCGACUCCAGCUGGAGACCACCAUCAACCAGAAGAGCACGGCCGACGUGGAGCUUCAGCAGCUUCGCGACCGAGCCGCCGAUGCCGAGAAGCUGCGUAAAGCUGCUCAGGAAGAAGCCGAGAGGCUUCGGAAGCAGGUGGCCGAAGAGACUCAGAAGAAGAAGAAUGCGGAAGAUGAGCUGAAGCGCAAAGCCGAGGCGGAGAAGGAGGCCUCCAAGCAGAAGCAGAAGGCCCUGGAUGACCUGAACAAGUUCAAGAUGCAAGCGGAGGAGGCAGAGCGGCGCAUGAAGCAGGCAGAGGACGAGAAGCUCCGGCAGGUCAAGGUGGUGGAGGAGGUGGCGCAGAAGAGCGCCGCUGCCCAGUUGCAAAGCACCUCCAAAACCUUCAAUGAGAGAGCCAGCAAACUUGAGGAGUCCCUCAAGAAAGAGCAAGGUACCGUGCUCCAAUUGCAGGAAGAAGCCGAAAAGCUCCGCCAACAGCAAGAGGAGGCCAGUAAAGCUCGGGAAGAGGCGGAAAAGGAGCUGGAGAUGUGGAGGCAAAAGGCCAACGAGGCUCUACGCUUGAGGUUGCAAGCCGAGGAGGAAGCCCAGAGGAAGAGCCAGGCGCAGGAGGAAGCAGAGAGGCAGAAAGUGGAGGCCGAGCGUGACGCCAAGAAAAAAGCAAAGGCCGAGGAGGCCGCUCUGAAACAGAAGGAGAACGCCGAGAAAGAACUGGACAAGCAAAGGACUUUCGCCGAGCAGAUCGCCCAGCAGAAACUGUCAGCCGAGCAAGAAUGCAUCCGGCUGAAGGCCGACUUUGAACACGCCGAGCAACAGAGGAACCUCCUGGACAGUGAGCUCCAACGUCUGAAGAAUGAAGUCAACGCCGCCGAAAACCAGAGAAAGAAGCUGGAGGAGGAGCUCGCCAAGGUCCGAAGCGAAAUGGAUGCUCUUCUCCAGAUGAAGAUGAAAGCAGAGAAGGAGACGCUGUCCACCACGGAAAAGACCAAGCAACUUCUUGAGUCGGAAGUCCUGAAAAUGAAACAACUUGCGGACGAAGCCACCAGGCUGAGGUCUGUCGCCGAGGAGGCCAAGAAGCAGAGGCAGCUCGCAGAGGAUGAGGCGGCCAAACAACGGGCCGAAGCCGAGAAGAUCCUCAAGGAGAAACUCGCCGCCAUCAACGAGGCGACCCGUCUCAAGACGGAAGCCGAGAUUGCCCUGAAGGCCAAAGAGGCUGAGAAUGAAAGGCUGAAGAGACAAGCUGAGGAUGAAGCCUACCAGAGGAAGCUUCUGGAGGAUCAAGCAACUCAGCACAAACAAGAUAUUGCCGAGAAGAUGCAACAUCUGCAGAGCUCCUCAAACACUGAAUUGGAGCGACAGAAGACCAUCAUUGAGGAAACGCUCAGGCAGAGAAAAGUGGUGGAGGAGGAGAUCCACAUCAUCAGGAUCAACUUUGAGAAGGCCUCAAAAGAGAAAUCAGAUUUAGAAAACGAAUUAAAGAAGCUGAAAGCAAUUGCAGACGACACGCAGAAGAGCAAACUGAAAGCCGAGAAGGAAGCCGAAACGCUGAAACGUCUCGCCGCCGAUGAGGAGAAGAAGCGGAAGGAAGCUGAGGAGAAGGUUAAGAAGAUCACAGCAGCCGAGGAAGAGGCGGCGCGGCAAUGCAAAGCUGCCCAGGAGGAGGUAGAACGUCUGAAGAAGAAAGCGGAGGAAGCCAACAAGCACCGAGAAAAAGCAGAGAAGGACGCCAAGCAGCAGGUGAUCCUGGCCAAGGAGGCCGCGCAGAAAUGCAGCGCCGCGGAGCAAAAAGCUCAAGAUGUCCUCAGCAAAAACAAAGAGGGCGACCUCGCUCAGGAGAAGCUCAAGGAAGAGUUUGAGAAUGCCCAGAAACUUGCCCGAGAAGCUGAGAAAGCUAAAGAGAAAGCAGAGAAAGAGGCGGCGCUGCUCCGCCAGAAAGCCGAGGAGGCCGAGAAGAAGAAAAAAGCCGCUGAGGACGAAGCCGCCAAGCAGGCCAAAGCUCAGAAGGACGCCGAGAAACUGAGGAAAGAAGCCGAAAAGGAGGCCACCAAGCGAGCCGAAGCCGAGGCGGCCGCUCUCAAACAGAAGCAGCAGGCCGACGCCGAGAUGAACAAGCACAAGAAGGAGGCGGAGCAAGCGCUCAAGCAGAAGUCCCAGGUGGAGAAGGAACUGUCCACUAUCAAACUGCAGCUGGAUAAAACCGACAAACAGAAGACAGUUUUGGACGACGAGCUCCAGCGGGUGAAGGGCGAGGUCAACGACGCCGUCAAACAGAAAGCGCAGGUAGAGGAUGAACUUUCCAAAGUCCGGAUUCAGAUGGAGGAGCUUCUCAAGCUUAAGAUUAAAAUUGAGAGUGAAAACAAACGUCUGAUGCAGAAGGACAAAGAUAACACAAAGAAGCUGCUCGCCGAUGAAGCCGAGAGGAUGAAGCUCUUAGCCGAGGAAGCGGCUCGCCUCAGUGCCGAGGCCGAGGAAGCCUCCAAACUCAGAAAAACCGCAGAGUCGGACUUGGCCGAACAAAGGGUGCUUGCAGAGAAAAUGCUCAAGGAAAAAAUGCAGGCCAUCCAAGAGGCUACAAAGUUGAAAGCAGAGGCAGAAGAUCUCCAAAAGCAGAAGGACAAAGCACAGGAGGCGGCUAAGAAACUCCUGGAGGACAAGCAGCAGAUCCAGCAGCGGCUGGACCAGGAGACCGAAGGCUUCCAGAAAUCCCUGGAGGCCGAGAGAAAAAGGAAACAGGAAGUGUCAGCCGAGGCGGACAAGUUGAAGCAGAAGGUAAAAGAGCUCAGCGACGCUCAGGCCAAAGCCCAGGAGGAGGUCAAGAAGUUCAAGAAGCAGGCGGAUGAGGCCAAAGGUCGUCUGGAAGACUCGCAACAGAAAGCCACCGAGACUGUGGUGCAAAAGCUGGAGACUCAGCGGCUGCAGAGCACCAAAGAGGCCGACGACCUCAAGAAAGCCAUCGCCGACCUGGAGAAAGAGCGAGCGAAGCUGAAGAAAGAGGCAGAGGAGCUUCAGAAGAACUCCAAAGAGAUGGCCAUUGCCCAACAAGAGCAAAUUGAGCAACAGAAGGUCAUUCUCCAAAAGACCUUCCUCACCGAGAAAGAACUGCUAUUAAAAAGAGAGAAGGAAGUAGAAGAUGAGAAAAAGAAGCUGGAAAAACAGUUCAAGGAUGAAGUGAGCAGGGCCAAGGCGCUUAAAGAGGAGCAGGAUCGCCAACAAAAACUGAUGGAAGAUGAGAGGAAGAAGCUACAGGCCAUCAUGGAUGACGCCUUGAAGAAGCAGAAGGAAGCUGAGGCAGAGAUGAAGAAGAAGCAGAAGGAAAUGGAGGUCCUUGAAAAGAAAAGCAAUGAACAAGAGAAGCUGUUGGGAGAGGAGAACAAAAAGCUAAGGGAGAAACUCAACAAUCUUGAAGUAGCAUCCAAAGAAAUUGUAUCGAAAAGAAAUGAAAUUGAGGUCCAGCCGGAGAAGGACGUCGGGGAACAGUUAGUCUCUGCCACAGUGUCGGUCACAACAAAGAAAGUAUUCAACGGCUCUGAAGUUGAUGGGAAGAAGAUAGAGUCACCUUGGGCCUUUGAUGGAAUAAGAGAUAAGGUUCCUGCUGAGAGGCUUCAUGAGAUUGGUGUCCUGACCAAAAAGGAACUGGACAAACUGAAGAAGGGUAAAGUCUCAGUGCAAGAUCUCGCAAAGACAGACAAGCUCCUCUCGUGUCUUAAGGGUCAGAGCUGCAUUGGUGGCAUCUUGACUCCCUCAAAGGAGAAAGUGAGCGUUUAUCAGGCCAUGAAGGACAACAAGAUCACGCCCGAGACAGCCGCAAUGUUGCUGGAAGCUCAAGCAGCUUCUGGCUACCUCGUCGAUCCCGUUCAAAACAAACGUCUAUCUGUAGACCAGGCUGUUAAGGAGCAGUUGAUCGGCCCAGAACUUCACGAUAAAAUGCUGUCUGCUGAGAGAGCUGCCACGGGCUUCAAAGAUCCUUACACGGGAGACAAGAUCUCCCUAUUUGAGGCCAUGAAGAAAGGUCUGAUUGAGAAGGAGCCGGCCACCAAGUUCUUGGACGUGCAGCUUGCCACCGGAGGCAUCAUCGACCCUAUCAACAGCCAUCGAGUCCCGCUGCAGACCGCCUACAAGCAGGGGCAGUUUGAUGCCGACAUGAACAAACAAAUCCCGGACUACAAGUUGUUUGUGGAACCAAGCACCCAGGAGACGAUGACCUACAAGCAGCUAUUGGAUAAAUGCACCAAGGAUGAAGGUUCAGGGUUGAUGAUUCUACCCGUGACUGAAAAAGCAUCCCAAAGCGAGAGAACCUACACGGACGCUGAGAUGAAAGAAGUGUUGAGCAAGUCCAACGUGGACGUACCCUUUGGCAGGUUCAAAGGAAAGACGGUAACCAUUUGGGAAGUGAUCAACUCGGAGUAUUUCACAGAAGAGCAACGACGAGAGCUGAUCCGCCAAUACAAGACGGGCAAGAUCACGGUGGAGAAGAUCAUUAAAAUCGUUAUCACCGUUGUGGAGGACAAGGAGAAGAACAAUGAGAAUGUGUUGAAUGGUCUCAGGACCUCUGUGCCAGCCAGUGAACUUCUGGAGUCCAAGGUUAUAAGCAAAGACGUCUUCAACAAGCUAAGUAACGGCAAAAUCACCAUCAAGGAGAUCUCAGAGAUGGAUCCUGUGAAGAAAGCACUCCAAGGAACACCUAGCAUCGCAGGACUGUUUAACGAACCCACCAAGGAGAAAAUGCCUUUCUAUCAAGCCAUGAAGAAAGACCUGCUCUCACCCGAGACAGCCAUUAAUUAUCUGGAGGCUCAAGCAGCUACUGGCUUCAUAAUCGAUCCUGUCAAAAAUGAACGGAUGCCUGUCGAUGAAGCCGUCAAGUCCGGCUUGGUGGGCCCAGAACUGCACGAGCGACUGCUAUCUGCGGAGCGAGCAGUCAGUGGCUACAAAGAUCCAUACUCCGGCAAGAAGGUGUCUCUGUUUGAAGCCAUGAAUAAAGGUCUCCUCAAAAGGGACAAUGGCAUCCGUUUGUUAGAGGCACAACUCUCCACCGGCGGAAUUAUUGACCCGGUUAAAAGCUACCGCAUCCCACACGAGGUUGCCUGCAAACGUGGCUAUUUUGACGAGGAAACCAGCAAAACCUUGAGCAAGACCGCCGACGAGACCAAGGUCUUCCACGAUCCCAACACGCAGGAGUAUGCCACCUAUGCACAGUUGAUGAAGAAAUGCAUCUCCGACAAGGAAACUGGACUUCCCUUACUCCCCCUCUCAAAGAAGGCUCCCAAGCCCAAAGAGGAUCAACAGAUUACAGAGGCCAAAACCAAAGAGGUGUUGAACCAGAAUACCAUGGAACUGGACUAUGGACCUUUCAAAGGCAGAAAAGUCACAAUCUGGGAAAUCAUCACCUCAGAGUACAUCACAGAGGAGAAGAGAAUCGAACUGAUCCGCCAGUACCGAAUGGGCCAUGUGACAAUCGAAAAGUUAAUAACAGUUGUGAUGACCAUAAUGGAGGAAAAAGAGUCUCAGGCAAAAGAAAAACUCAGUUUUGAAGGUCUGAGGGAACCAGUUCCUGCUAGCGCAUUGAUGGAUGCUAACAUCAUUGAUCAGGCUACGUUUGAUCAGCUCCAACAAGGCACAAAGACUCCUCAGGAAGUGAGUCAAGAUGAUAAAGUCAAUAAGUAUCUGCAAGGCACCGAGCGCAUAGACGCCAUUGCAAUGGACGGAACAAAUGAAAAACUAAGCAUAUAUCAAGCCAUGAAAAGUAACAUUCUUCAACCAAAUACUGGCCUUGCGCUGCUUGAGGCUCAAGCUGCCACUGGUUUCAUAACAGACCCAGUCAAGAACAUGAAAUAUUCCGUAGAUGAUGCCGUCAAGGCCGGAACCGUUGGCCCAGAGCUUCAUGAGAAACUUCUCGCUGCUGAGAAACCAGUGACGGGAUACAAAGACCCAUACACGGGCAAUAAGAUUUCUCUGUUCCAAGCUCUGAAGAAAGAACUGGUGCUGAGGGAGCAUGCCAUUCCUCUCCUGGAGGCUCAGCUGAGUACAGGAGGCAUCAUUGAUCCUGUCUGUAGCCAUCGCGUUCCUACUGACAUCGCUGUUCAGCGUGGCUUCUUAAGUAAACAAAUGGUUAAGUCUUUCAACGAACCAUCCGGUGACGUCCAGUGCUUCACCAAUCCCAACACUAAUCAAAGUGUCACAUACAAGCAACUUCUAGAGAAAUGCGUCAAAGAUCCAAACUCUGGUUUGUGCUAUCUGUCGCUGUCUAAAGCCGAAGUGGCUCCUACUGCUGAGAAGACCUACAAGUACACCGAGGAGAAAGCCCAAGCUGAUUUAGCAAACACUCAAAUUGAAAUCCCGCACAAGAACUUUGAAGGCAAGACCAUGACCAUCUGGGAAAUCAUGAACUCAAACAUGCUUCCUGAGGAGGAGAGACGUCGCCUCAUGGAGCAGUAUCGCUUGGGGACCAUCACAAAGGACAGAAUGCUCAUCAUUAUCAUUGAAAUCAUUGAGCAAAGGGAGGCCGAAAAGGCUGAGCAGGGCAUGUCGUGCGACAUUAUCAGAAGGAGAAUUACAAUCGAGGAGCUUUACAGCGCUCGAAUUAUAGACCUGCAGACUUACAAUCUCCUGAAGCAAGAAAAAAUGACCAUCAGUGAGAUCAUGGCAAUGCCAUCGGUCAAGCAAUACCUUUUUGGAACCGGUUGCAUUGCUGGCAUCAUGUCGGACACUCCUAGCAAGAUCAGCAUCUAUCAAGCCAUGAAAAAUGGCAAGAUUAAGCCUGAGGUUGCUCUGACGCUCCUCGAGGCCCAAGCAGCAACUGGAUUUAUCAUCGAUCCGGUGAAAGACGAACUUCUCACGGUGGAUGAAGCAGUCCGCAAGGGGCUCGUAGGGCCCGAACUCCACGACAAACUUCUCUCUGCAGAAAGAGCCGUGACAGGCUACAAAGAUCCAUACACCGGAAAAGUUAUUUCUCUCUUCCAGGCAAUGAAGAAAGAUCUGGUUCCUGAGGAUUACGCUUUGAGGCUUCUGGAAGCCCAAAAUGCCACAGGGGGGCUAAUGGAUCCUGAAUACUACUUCCGUCUGCCCGCAGAUGUUGCCAUGCAGCGCGGGUACAUCAACAAAGAGACACUCGACAGAAUAUCUGAGCCCACCGCCGAUGUGCAAGGUUACACCGAGCCCACCACAGACGAAAGCCUGUCCUAUGCUCAGCUGCUGAAAAGAUGUCGGCUGGACAAAGACAGUGGACUGAAGCUGUUGUCGCUAGCGGACAGGAAACUUCUCUUCAAGGGUUUUAGGAAGCAAAUCCCUGCGGAUGAGCUGGUUCGAGCUCAGCUUAUUGACCAAAAGACGUGCAAUGAACUCAAUCAGGGUACCAUCAGCGUGGAGGAGGUCAGCAGGGAACUGAAGAAGUACCUCGAAGGUGUCAGCUGCAUUGCCGGUGUCUUUGUGGAAUCUACCAAAGACUGCUUGUCCAUCUACCAAGCCAUGAAGAAAAACAUGAUCAGACCAGGAACUGCCUUUGAGCUUCUCGAGGCCCAGGCUGCGACUGGGUACGUGAUUGACCCCAUCAAAAAUCUGAAACUAAAUGUUAACGAAGCAGUGAAGAUGGGUGUUGUGGGUCCAGAGUUCAAAGACAAACUACUGUCGGCCGAGCGGGCAGUCACAGGUUACAGGGAUCCCUAUUCUGGCAAGGUCAUUUCACUGUUCCAAGCCAUGAAGAAGGACUUGAUCUUGAAAGACCACGGCAUCCGUUUGCUAGAGGCUCAGAUUGCCACAGGUGGAAUCAUUGACCCACAGGGGAGCUAUCGCUUGCCAGUGGAGAUGGCAUAUGAACGUGGCCUCUUUGACAAAGAGAUGAACCAAAUCCUCACGGACCCGUCCGACGACACUAAAGGCUUCUUUGACCCGAACACAGAGGAAAACCUCACUUACCUCCAGCUCAUGGAACGAUGCAUGACGGACCCUCAAACAGGGCUUGCUCUCCUAUUGCUGAAAGAAAAGAAGAAAGAAAGGAAGACUUCCUCCAAGUCAUCCGUUCGGAAACGCAGAGUUGUUAUCGUCGAUCCGGAGACUGGCAAGGAGAUGUCAGUGUAUGAGGCCUACCAGAAAGGGCUCAUUGACCACCAGACCUAUUUGGAGCUAGCAGAGCAGGAAUGUGAAUGGGAGGAAAUUACCAGCACUUCAUCUGAUGGAGUUGUAAAAUCCAAGAUCAUUGAUAGGAGGUCUGGAAGACAGUACGAUAUCGACGAUGCAAUCGCAAACGGCCUGAUUGAGAAAUCGGCUCUGGACCAGUACCGCUCUGGAACUCUAUCCAUCACAGAAUUCGCAGACAUGCUAUCUGGAAAUUCCAGUGGAGUUAGAUCACGGUCAUCCUCCUUUGGAUCCACCUCCUCUUACGCUUCAAGUUCGAUGCCUUCCAUCAAAACACCCGCUGUCCCAUGGAAUGACCCCACCGAGGAAAGUGGCCCCGUUGCUGGAAUCUUGGACACGGAAACACUCGAGAAGGUGUCUGUCACCGAGGCCAUCCACAGAAACCUUGUUGACAACAUAACUGGUCAGAGGUUGCUGGAAGCUCAGGCCUGCACCGGAGGAAUCAUUGACCCAAACACUGGUGAAAAAUUCUCGGUCACAGAUGCAGUGAACCAAGGGCUCGUAGACAAGAUCAUGGUGGACCGAAUCAGCCUCGCGCAGAAGUCUUGUAAUGGAUUCGAGGACCCUCGGACUAAGACCAAAAUGUCAGCGGCUCAAGCCCUGAAGAAAGGCUGGUUGUACUCCGAGGCCGGCCAGCGGUUCCUGGAAAUCCAAUAUCUGACUGGUGGUUUAAUUGAACCGGACAUCACCAGCAGAGUCUCACUGGACGAUGCCUUGAAAAAGGGCACCUUGGAUGCUCGUACCGCACAGAAGCUCCGUGAUGUCAACACACACUCAAAGUACCUCACAUGCCCCAAAACCAAACUCAAAAUCUCCUACAAGGAUGCGUUGGACAGAAGCAUGAUUGAGGAGGGUACUGGUCUCAGGCUUCUGGAGGCGUCCUCCCAGUCUAGUAAAGGCCUCUACAGUCCGUACAGCAGCAUCAGCGGCUCGGGCUCGGCUACUGGCUCACGCUCGGGCUCCAGAACCGGCUCCAGAAGAGGAAGCUUUGAUGCAACCGGGUCCAGUUUCACCACCACCUUCUCCUCAUCCUCCUCAUACAGUUCGCCAAGUUACAGCCGCAGAUACUGAGGAUGAAUUAUAAAGCCACCGAGAUGCCUUCUGCUCUGCAUGUGGUCGUUGCAAGUUUUUAAGUGUUUAAUUAUUGUACAACUUAGAUUUCUUUAUAUACGUUCAUCCGUGUACAUUUUAUGAUUUUGUUUAAUCACUGUUAUUGACAAGAAAUUAGCUUUGAGUGCAACACUACAACCGAAAGAACAUACUCUGAUCGUCGUUAGUCGAGCCUUUUAAAUAGUCGAAUUUUCUCAUUUCUCCAAUAUUGAAAGUUAACGGCCACUUCGCAGAGCAGAAUCAAGAAUCUCGGCAAGGCCGCUGACAUGAAGAAUGUCUCUCCUAUCGCUAAGCUUCAAGAUCUUUGUCCUCCAUCGUGGUGCUGUACACCUACUAAACCACAGCUUGACCCCCAUUUCUGACAUCUCUUCCUAAAACCUGGACUUUGAACCCCAUGGGAACCAGAAAGCAGCACAUUCCCAUGCACUGGAAGACCGUCAACACAGCAACCUGACUUUAUAGACUCUUGACACCAAAGUAACCCAAGUAGUCGCUGCUUCUUCGGACCUUCUCGACUGACACCGCACCUCCAGAGAUCUUCACCUGGACUGAACUUUCACUGUAGCCGGAAUUUAUGCAAAAGUUACUCUCGCGACUAACCCUGAGCUGUUAGAAAAACCCUUGAAGUGCCUGCAAAAAAAAAAAAAUGCGCCAAGAUGUUUAAGGCGGUUGUUGUGUAUUAUAAAAGACGGUUUUGACGCUUGCAUGACUGAACGAACCGGAUGCGAUCAGGUAUGUCUCACACAUGAAUGUUCAUAUUGACGUGACUGUAUGUACUGUAUACGCACCACUGCUGGAAGCCAAUAACAGAUUCUAUUUAGUUCUUCAGCUUUUAUUUACAACCAUCCUCCAUGUUUGUAUUUUUUUUUAUGUUAAAGCUUCUUUGUAAAACAAAGCCUAAUUAUCUAGCCUAUAUCCUUUUAUUUUCCUACACAUUAUAUUUCUGAGUUGCAUGAUUUACUAACAUAUAAAAAACCCAAUAUGAAUUGGGUUGUACCCUUUAAAUCAUUUGUUGUAUUAUGAUGAUGAUGAUGAUGCACCAAAGGGGUUUGAAGGAUAUAUAUUUUGAUGCGCGGUGUAUUUAUAUUAAAAAAACGCUGGUAAGGAAUUGAGUUGCAAUGUAAAUAAAUAAGGACAAGAAA